AGAAUCUGAUUGGCCAAAUUAAAAAAACGAUUGACAGUUGCCACGCCCUCUCAAAGUCUCCGGUCAGCAGAGAUACAAACUUGGCCUGUACAGCAGCAGAAUGAUUGUCAACUGCAACCAGUAGCUGUCCGUUGAGUAUCUUUUCAGUGGCGUGUAAGCUAACUAGCUCCACUGCGGAAAUGGAGGCUGGAGGAGGAGAGGAGAGUAUGGAAGUGCAGGGGGCAGCGGCAGCAGCAGAACCAAGCUUUUCUGGACACAGACAGACUUCCGCAAAGCCGGUUUGGGCUUCGCUAGAAGACGCAGCCCAAAUGAAAACGGAAGGGAAUGCUUUCUACAGGGAGAAGAACAUUCGCUCUGCUAUCGGGCGUUAUCACCGUGCUCUGUUGAUCCUUAGAGGCCUCGACUCUGAUGUGAUGACGCCAGUAAAAGGGUUUGGACCUGAGACACCUGCUCUCACACCUGAACAGGAGGCUGUACUGAGAAGCACACAAGUUGACUGCUACAACAACUUAGCUGCCUGUUUGCUGCAGAGACAGAGUGUUGACUAUUCUCGUGUGCGGGAGUACAGCCUGCGGGUACUGCAAUGGCGACCAGGUGAUGUCAAAGCACUGUACAGGGCAGGAGUCGCCACUCUGGAGAUGGGAGAUGCACAGAGUGCCAAACAGUACCUCACCCAGGCCUGCAGAGAGCAGCCUAAUGAUGCCAAUGUGAGGAAGCACCUGCAGAGGGCUGAGGAGAAACUGAAUCGGGAGUUACAAAAAGAGAGGGCCAUGUACCGAGGCAUGUUUUCCCCCAGCCUGAAGAGCAGCUCCGGAGAAGGGAUUAACCAAACCAACAGAGCUGGUGAGGGAGUUUAGCCUGCCAGCUCAACCCGCCAAAUAAAGCCUCAACCUGAGAGAGACUGUGUUCAACCUCAACUGUUCACAAACCAACUGAAGAAUGUUCACACAUCUUGAAUCACUAAUGUUACUAUUUCUCCUUUAGGUGUUUAUGAGGUGAGCAUGGGAAAGUAAGAAUUGUACAUUAUACAGAAUGCGAUCAGUAAAAGAUGUCGCUGCUGAAAAUAGAAAGGAGCAGACAGGAAAGUUAGUUUCCUAGCAACAUGGAAACAAAGCUGGUUUUUAGCCCAACAGAGCAAGAGUUUGGAUAUUUCACAAAAAUGCCUCUGAUAGCUAAAGUGAGACUCUUCAUGCACUACUCAAAGUUCUGAUAAUGCCUUCAUGAUUGCAGUUGUCUGAUCAGUGCUGUGAAUGUUUUGUGAGUUUUCAAGUAAAAUAUUUUUUAUAAAUCAGA